AUACAAUAAAAUGUUGAAAAAUGAAAUAGAAAUAAAAAUCAAAAUCAAACAACGCCUCCGUUGAACGAAACCACACAAACAACCACAGGAAAACCAGAUAAUUCCAUGGAGAAGCGGGCUGAGGAGUUUGAAGAGAUUUGAACAUUGAGUCAUCGACGGUGAGAGAGAGAGAGAGAGAGAGAGAAAGAGAGAAAGAGAGAGAGAUUUUCUCUGUGGAUUUUGAAGACGCGUGGAUAAGCUCUCAGAAAUGGCGACGCCGUUGCCGGAAUUUUCGGGCGGCGAGGCGGCGAGAGGCGGCGGAGGGGUGUCGUCGUCGUCUUCUUCGGCGGUGAUUCUGCCGAUUUCUUUGCCGUCUUCUUCUCCUCCUUCACCUGCGAAGACUUCGUGCUCGGGACUCGCGGAGGAUGCGGGGGAGAUUUCGCCGAUCCUGAUUUUCCUGUUCUUCCACAAAGCGGUGUGCAGUGAACUCGAUGCGCUUCAUAGAUUGGCAUUGGAGUUCGCUACCGGUCACCAUGUCGAUCUCCGGUCGCUACGCGAACGGUAUCGGUUCCUGAGAUCGAUCUAUAAGCACCACUGCAAUGCCGAGGACGAGGUAAUUUUUCCAGCUCUUGACAUACGUGUGAAGAACGUAGCACAAACAUACUCCCUUGAACACAAGGGUGAAAGUAGUCUUUUCGAUCAUCUGUUUGAGUUGCUGAAUUCUGCGGGGGAAAAUGAUGAAAGUUUCCGGAGGGAGUUAGCUUCCUCCACUGGGGCCCUUCAGACAUCUGUUAGUCAGCAUUUAGCUAAAGAACAGAAGCAGGUUUUCCCCCUACUUGUUGAGAAAUUCAAGUAUGAGGAGCAAGCAUACAUAGUUUGGCGGUUUCUCUGCAGCAUACCGGUGAACAUGCUUGCGGAGCUCCUUCCAUGGCUGUCUUCUUCCAUUUCAAUUGACGAAUGCAAGGAAAUGCAGACGUGCUUAAGCAAGAUAGUGCCAGGAGAGAAGCUUCUUCAGCAGGUUAUUUUUACUUGGAUGGGAAGGAGAAAGAGCAGUGAGGAGGCUUCAAGUUGCAUAGAAAAUUUCCGAUUCCAAUGCUGUGUAGAUCCUUCAGGCAGCAGGCCAACUUGCAUAACAAGCGCAGCACAGUGUGCAUGUGCGUCAUCCAAGGUUGGGAAAAGAAAAUACCCAGAGCUCAUAGAGUUGGAUUCAUGUGAUUCUCAGAUGCACCCGAUUGAUGAAAUACUGCUCUGGCAUAAGGCAAUUAACAAGGAGAUGAACGAAAUAGCUGAUGAAGCUAGAAAUAUCCAACUGUCGGGAGAUUUUUCUGAUUUAUCCGCAUUUGACGAAAGGUUACAAUUCAUCGCUGAAGUAUGCAUCUUUCACAGUAUUGCUGAGGACAAGGUCAUAUUUCCAGCAGUAGAUGGGGAGUUUUCUUUUUCCCAAGAGCAUGAUGAAGAAGAAAGUCAGUUUAACGAGUUUCGGUGCUUAAUAGAAGGUAUCAAGACUGCAGGAGCAUCAUCUACUUCCGCUGCGGAGUUUUACACAAAACUUUGCUCACAUGCUGAUCAAAUAAUGGAAACUAUUCAACAACACUUCCACAAUGAGGAAAUUCAGGUGCUACCGCUUGCACGGAAGAACUUCAGCUUUAAACGACAACAAGAACUUCUCUAUCAAAGCUUGUGCAUUAUGCCUUUGAGAUUAACUGAACGUGUCUUACCAUGGUUGGCGGCGUCUUUAACUGAAGAUGAAGCUAAAAUAUUUCUGAAGAACCUGCAAGCAGGAGCACCAACAACAGAUACGGCUCUUGUAACUCUGUUCUCUGGUUGGGCAUGCAAAGGACGCAAAGCUGGGGAAUGCUUGUCUCCAAAUGGAAAUGGUUCAUGCCGUGCUAAAACAUUCAACAACAUUGAAGAAAUUCCUCUUCGAUCAUGUAAGGCAUGUGCUUUGCCACCAUGUUCAAAUAGGGCUGUAGAAUCAUGUUGUGGGCAUCAAGAUAAAAGGCCAUCUAAGCGAUCUGCUGUACUGUCUUGUAAAAAUGAUGAUACCACUUGUUCCUCCGAAGCCACAAACGGCUGCAAGGCAUCUGGAAAAGGUAGAUCUUGCUGUGUCCCAGAUCUCGGAGUGAACAGUAAUUGUCUUGGACUCGGUUCUCUUUCAGCAGCCAAAGCUAUGAGGUCUUCUACUUUAAACUCUGCCGCUCCAGCUCUCAAUUCCAGUCUCUUUGUUUGGGAAAUGGAUAUCAACAGCUUCAGUGGUGGGCAUUCUGAGCGGCCGGUUGCUACAAUAUUCAAGUUUCAUAAGGCCAUAAGCAAAGAUUUGGAAUAUCUUGAUGUUGAAUCUGGAAAGCUCGUUGAUUGUGAUGAGACAUUUCUUCGGCAAUUCAUUGGAAGAUUUCAUCUACUUUGGGGUUUCUACAGGGCUCACAGCAAUGCAGAGGAUGACAUCCUAUUUCCUGCACUUGAAUCGAAGGAGACACUUCAUAAUGUCAGUCACUCUUACACCCUAGACCAUAAGCAGGAGGAAAAAUUAUUUGGAGAUAUUUAUAGUGUUCUUUCUGAGCUGUCACUUCUCCAUGAGAACUUGCAAAGUGAUGACAUGAUGGGGAAUGGAGCCGAAACUGACCUUGUCCUGUCUAGUAUCAGCAACAGUAACUGCAAAAAGAAGUACAAUGAACUGGCAACAAAGCUUCAAGGGAUGUGCAAGUCCAUAAAAAUCACAUUGGAUCAGCAUAUUUUCCUGGAGGAACUGGAGCUCUGGCCAUUAUUUGACAAACAUUUCUCCAUUCAAGAGCAAGACAAAAUUGUGGGUCGUAUAAUUGGGACAACAGGCGCUGAAGUUCUUCAGUCUAUGUUACCGUGGGUGACCUCUGCUCUUUCUGAAGAUGAGCAGAAUAGAAUGAUGGAUACCUGGAAGCAAGCAACUAAGAAUACGAUGUUCGAUGAGUGGCUCAACGAAUGCUGGAAAGGAUCGCCUGACUCAUCCUCUGAAGGAGCAUCAAAACCUAGUUUACAGAGAGAUAAUGAUCUUCAAGAAAACUUGGAUCAAAAUGGUCAACUUUUUAAGCCUGGGUGGAAAGAUAUUUUCCGGAUGAAUCAGAAUGAGCUAGAGGCUGAAAUCAGGAAGGUUUAUCGGGACACAACGCUUGAUCCGCGGAGAAAAGCAUACCUUGUACAAAAUCUGAUGACCAGUAAAUGGAUAGCUGCUCAGCAAAAAAUGCCCCAGGAAGCAUCCACGGCCACUGCCAAUGGUGAUGAGGCAGCAGGAUGUUCCCCAUCGUUUCGAGAUCCUGAGAAGCAAGUAUAUGGAUGCGAGCAUUACAAACGAAACUGCAAACUACGCGCUGCUUGCUGCGGCCAGUUGUUUACUUGUAGAUUUUGCCACGAUAAAGUUAGUGAUCAUUCGAUGGAAAGAAAAACAGUGACGGAGAUGAUGUGCAUGCGCUGCCUCCAGAUUCAACCUGUCGGGCCUGUGUGCUUGACACCAUCAUGCCAUGGAUUCCCCAUGGCAAAGUACUACUGCAACAUAUGCAAGCUUUUCGAUGAUGAAAGGUCCGUAUACCACUGUCCGUUCUGCAACCUGUGCCGGGUGGGGAGAGGACUGGGAAUCGAUUAUUUCCACUGUAUGACAUGUAACUGUUGUCUGGGGAUGAAGUUGGUCAAUCACAAAUGCCUUGAGAAGAGCCUCGAGACCAACUGCCCCAUCUGCUGUGAAUUCCUUUUCACAUCGAGCGAAGCGGUCAGAGCCUUACCCUGUGGCCACUACAUGCAUUCUGCCUGUUUCCAGGCUUACCCUUCCAGCCACUACACGUGUCCAAUCUGCGGCAAAUCGUUAGGAGAUAUGGCGGUUUAUUUCGGCAUGCUUGACGCAUUGUUAGCCGCGGAAGAGCUUCCGGAAGAAUACAAGAAUCGCUGUCAGGACAUUCUGUGCAACGACUGUGAAAGGAAAGGGACAGCGAGGUUCCACUGGCUAUACCACAAGUGCGACUUCUGCGGUUCUUACAACACCCGCGUCAUCAAAUCCGAAGCUCCGGCCCCUGACUGCUCCACCUCUUCCUGAUUCACUUACCUUUUACAUACAUAUGAGGAGGUCUCAUUUCCCUUUUUCCCCUCACUUGUUGGAAGAUUAAAUCAUAUACACAAGAAAAAAAAAGUGGUAAUAGAUAUUUCCAUGUAUAGUUAAAAAAAAGAAGAAGUAAUGAGAGUAUGAAGAUGGUGUGUUUCCCAUUUGGCCUCCAAAGCCAUACGGAUCGUGAAGCCGCAUUUAGGGUUUCGGCAAAGAUUGGUAAGCAUUAAUGAAUCUCUCCCAUCUGAGUCCUUUCGUCUCUCACCCCCUUUAUCUGACUUGCGAAUAUAACUCACUUCUUUUAUUUUGCGUUUUUUUUUCCCGUUCUGCAUAUAGUAUAUAAGCUGAGAGGGGAUGUGUAUUGGUGCAGCGGAAGCGUGCAUGUUUUAUUCUUUUUGGUUGCCUUCAUUUUUGGUGCGAGGGUGUGUGAAUAUAUGUUAAAACCAGAAUCUAACGGUAUUGUACGUAAAAAUCACACGAGUUGUUAAAAUUUGUAGGUUGAUAUUUUGGGUUUCGGUUACUUUUGGAGCAAUGUUUUCCGGAUAAAAAAAAUUCAAUUUCUUUCUA